AUUAAUUUGUGUUAACGAAUAAGCUUGGACGAAAAAGAGGGAGGAGACGUUCUACAUUGACCGGAUGAAAGGAAGAGAAGAGUGAAAAUCUGCCAUCAUGUCGGAUUCAAAGUACUUCACCACAACAAAGAAAGGGGAGAUUUAUGAGCUGAAAGCAGACCUCAACAGCGAUAGGAAAGAGAAGAAGAAAGAAGCUGUCAAGAAAGUUAUUGCCAGCAUGACAGUAGGAAAAGAUGUCAGCUCCCUGUUUCCAGAUGUGGUUAACUGCAUGCAGACUGACAACCUUGAGCUCAAGAAACUGGUCUAUCUCUACCUGAUGAAUUACGCUAAGAGUCAACCAGACAUGGCCAUUAUGGCUGUCAACACAUUUGUCAAGGACUGUGAAGACCCUAAUCCGUUGAUCCGUGCACUGGCCGUGCGCACCAUGGGAUGCAUCCGUGUGGACAAGAUCACUGAGUACCUCUGCGAGCCACUCCGCAAGUGCCUCAAGGAUGAGGAUCCGUACGUUCAGAAGACAGCUGCAGUGUGUGUGGCCAAACUGUACGACAUCAACCCAGUGCUGGUAGAGGAUCAAGGAUUCAUUGAUCUUCUGCGGGAAUUGCUCACUGCAUCGAAUCCUAUGGUUGUUGCUAAUGCAGUGGCUGCCCUUUCUGAGAUCAACGAUGCCUCCCCAACAGGAAGUACUCUCUUUGACCUCAACUCGCAAACCAUCAACAAGCUUCUCACUGCCCUCAAUGAAUGCACUGAGUGGGGUCAAAUUUUCAUCCUGGACUCAUUAGCUAACUUUGGUCCCAAAGACGAGAAAGAAGCUCAGAGCAUAUGUGAACGGGUUACCCCUCGUUUAGCUCAUGCCAAUGCUGCUGUGGUCCUCUCAGCUGUGAAGGUUCUGAUGAAAUUCAUGGAAAUGAUGCCACCUUCAGGGGACUACGUCAGCGCCCUUACCAAGAAGCUUUCCCCACCCCUCGUCACCCUGCUCUCCGCUGAACCAGAAGUCCAAUACGUUGCUCUCCGAAAUAUCAACCUUAUUGUACAGAAGAGACCUGAUAUCCUGAAGCAUGAGAUGAAGGUCUUCUUUGUAAAGUACAAUGACCCAAUCUACGUCAAACUGGAGAAGCUUGAUAUCAUGAUCCGUCUUGCAUCUCAGGGUAACAUCGCACAGGUCCUGGCUGAACUCAAGGAGUAUGCCACAGAAGUUGAUGUGGACUUUGUCCGCAAGUCUGUCCGUGCAAUCGGGCGUUGUGCCAUCAAAGUAGAGGAAUCUGCUGAGCGAUGUGUAAGUACGCUGCUUGACCUCAUCCAAACGAAGGUCAACUACGUUGUCCAGGAGGCCAUCGUCGUCAUCAAGGAUAUCUUCCGCAAGUACCCCAACAAGUAUGAGAGUAUCAUUGCUACUCUUUGUGAGAACCUAGACUCUCUGGAUGAACCUGAGGCAAGAGCCUCCAUGAUCUGGAUCCUUGGAGAGUACGCAGAGCGUAUCGACAACGCAGAGGAGCUACUAGAAAGCUUUGUGGAAGGUUUCCAUGAUGAGAACACCCAAGUACAGCUUCAGCUUCUUACCUCCAUCGUCAAGCUCUUCUUGAAAAGACCUCAGGAUACACAGGACCUGGUGCAGAAUGUCCUCAGUUUGGCAACACAGGAAUGCGAUAACCCUGACCUGCGUGACCGUGGGUACAUCUACUGGCGUCUGCUCUCUACCGACCCGGCCGCUGCCAAGGAUGUCGUACUUGCCGAGAAGCCUCUCAUUUCGGAGGAAACCGAUCUCAUCGAGCCAACUCUCCUGGAUGAGCUCAUCUGCUAUAUCGGGAGUCUUGCCUCUGUCUAUCACAAGCCACCCAGCGCCUUCGUGGAAGGUCGCACUGCUACGAGGCGAUUCCUUCCUACUCGUGCACCAGGGAGCUCUGGUUCUACUUCACCAGAGACGGAGCAAGCACCGACCUCUGUGCCCGAGACCACGGUCAUACCCCAGCAGCAGCACUCUGGUGGCGACCUGAUAGGGGACCUGCUCAGUAUCGACCUGGGAGACAGCGGCAUGGGCCAGCAGCCUGGCAUGCCCAUGGGUAUGAGUAUGGGCAUGACCAUGGGUGGGCUGGGUGGAGCCCCGCAGCCGGAGAACACUGGUGCCGUGGACCUCCUCGGAGACAACAUGGAGAGUUUGAUCCUUGGGACAACCACCCCUACAGCAGCACCUGGGGCACCACCUCCGGGUCCUGGGGGUGCUAACAUGGCAGCUCUUGGGGACAUCUUUGGUCUAGCAGGUGGAGCAUCAGAGGUCUACACGCCACCUAAGCAGAUGUGGUUGCCAGCAAGCAAAGGAAAAGGUUUGGAGAUCCUGGGCACCUUCAGUAGGAAGCAAGGCAACCCACAGAUGGUCAUGACAUUCUCAAACAAAGCCAUGCAACCAAUGACUGGCUUUGCUGUUCAGUUCAACAAGAACAGCUUUGGUCUGGUACCCGGGUCUGCCCUCACGAUACCCAGCCCACUGAGUCCAAACCAGUCCAUCGAUACCACCCUACCCCUCAGUGCCAAUGGGCCUAUCCAGAGGAUGGAUCCACUGACCAACCUUCAGGUGGCUGUCAAGAACUGUAUUGAUGUCUUCUACUUCAGCACCACUGUCCCUAUCAAUGUUCUCUUUGUGGAGGAUGGUCAGAUGGAUCGUAAAGUGUUCCUGGCCACCUGGAAGGACAUCCCUUCAUCCAACGAGGUUCAGUCUCAAAUCAGUAACUGCAAUUUAUCAUCAGAACAAGCAACAAGCAGGCUUCAGCGGAAUAAUAUUUUCACGGUGGCCAACCGGAAUGUAGAUGGUCAGGACAUGCUGUACCAAUCACUCCGACUGACCAAUAACAUCUGGGUACUGUCAGAACUGAAGAUGAAUCCGGACAAUCCCACAGUCCAACUCUCCCUCAAGACACGAGCCCUGGAUGUGAUACCAUCUAUCCAGAAAGCCUACAAUGACAUCAUGCUGAACUAGACAAUGAUAGCCACCCACUCGUCAAUCUUGUGUUAACCGUUUCAUCAACUUAUCUAUUCAGUGUUGUAUUGACGUACAUUGUUGCACUGUGAUUAUGAUUUUAAAGCCAGCAUAGCACAUCCACUUUGAACAGCUCCCUCUCGAGUUAUUGGAACAUUACCCAUUGUGCAACGUUUUGAUAUGCAGUCUUAUAAUAUAUGCCUACCAAUUUAAACAUCCAUUAUUCUUUACAAAAUUCAUAUCACAGUAUUUUCCAAGAAAUCGAUUAUUUAAAGGUGGCUUUCAUUUAUUCCUCAGUUUUCAAGAAAGGUUAAACUGAAAUUCACAAUAAAUUUCUGAUUUUUAUUUAUUUUUUUUAUGAAAGGGUGUAUGUGUAAAGGCUAACCUGAUAGACAUAGCUUCUGAUCAUUCACUAGCACUUCAGAAUGAUUAAAGUUCAAAAUGGUAUAUAUCUAUAGCUGCAAAUAUUGUUCUCACUAGUCAUUGUAUAAAUUUAGCCAAUGGUGUUUGUCCAACAUAAUUUUAACUCCUGUGGCUUUUUCAGAAACCAAAUUCAAGAUGUAUGGGAAACCCAUUUUUUGUAGCAUAAAGGUGUACGUUUUAGCAAGAUGUUGGCAUUGAUAAUAUUCCCUUCUUAAACAUGUACCUCUCUCUCAAAUAUGUUACAGGAAUAUUUAAGUAUAUUGUAAAGAUAUGGUCUUUAUAGACUUUUUAUUAUUAUCAAUAAUAAUCAACAAGUCUAAUUGAACAAGAAUUCAUGAGCUCACUCCAUCUGAUGUUACAACCCCGUAUGCUAAUCAUCAUGGCCCAAAGUAAAUAUAAGCUCACUGGAAACUACCAACAGAGUAUUUUAACCAGCAGAUUUUUCGAUUGAAAUUAUAUACGCAUGGUCAGGUUAAUUAUGUUGUAUGUUUAAGCAAUUUCUGAGAGCUUAUACAUUACCUGAGCCUGUGGUAUUAUGGCUGUCUUUGUAAACAGGUGUAUCGAUUUCAGGAUCCUUGAUAAAAAAAUUGAUAUUCCAUAAUAAUGAUCAUGUUGAUUUUUGCGCUCCCCCCUCCCUGGAAAAAAAAUGAAGACCUUUUAUUGGUUGAAUCUUGCAUAUGCGGAAGAUGUUGAAUAGUCUGUACAUCUUUAUUGAUUUUAAGAGAUAAUUUUAGUCACUAAUGUAACCAUUUUCUUUAUAAAAAAGAUAAUAAGAAGAAGAGGAUAUACUAUCAUAAUUUAAAAGUUUACCAUCCUUUCCUCUACUCCACUUCUCACAUGAUUGCUAUAUACCUGUCACAAACAAUGUGUGUUUGGUAUUUCCUCUUGAAUUGGCAGGUAAUUAUCUCAAGGCAAAUGAUCAUUGCUGGUACCAUGGUGUCAUAGGGGGUAUUACAACAAAACAUUUGCAAUCAAUUUAGAUUAUACAAGAAGUAGACCACUGAUCAAUUGCAAAUUUGCAAUUGAUCGCAAGACUUGUGAUUGUUUUGGGGACCUAAAAUUGACUUGCAAGCGAUUGCAGGUUUCUUGCAACAUUCCAUUAAUCAUACACCUGAAGAGAGGUAGUAUGACCAUGGGCCCGUAACACAAAACUUAGUAAUGAUCGUAGAACAUUUUUCUAUGAUUGAUUCCAUUGACUACAAUGUACAAUCAAUCGUGAAAAUUAAGUGUACGAUCAAUUGCUAACCUUUGUGUUAUGUGACAUACUCUUUGUAAUUCUAGUUCAUGAGGGAGUUGUCCUACCAGCAGAAUUAAGUUGUAUAAUAACUUUUCAUUGUGGUCAUGUAUGCUACAGCAUCAAAUGAAAUGGAUUGUACCCAAAAUCCACACCAACAGUUUCUUUUUAAUCUGCUUCUUCAGCCUCUAAUUAAUUAAGUUAUCGUUAUUACGAGUCAAGCUCACCUUAUAUCAAAUAAAAUAUAUUUCUAGAUAGACCACGCUAUAUAAGUGCAUCUACUAUUAUCUGUGUUAGUAUUAACCGUAAAGUUUGUUUUGUGAUGCUUGUUUAGGUCUGAAUUAUAAUGUGAUAAUCUUGUGUUUUCAAGACCAAAACAAAUUAUACAUGCUCAGUAUGACAGUUUCAACACUGGCCUGAGGCCUUGUCUAGCAUAUUAGUAAUGGUUCUAAUUAUUUGAAGUAACAAAUUGUUGAAGAGGUCAUUUAUUAUAUGUCUUGUAUACUCACAUGCAAGUUAAUUUUAUCUGUCUUAUACAUUGGAUAGUAUUUCUGAUUUGAUAUCAUGAUUCAAAAUUGAGUUUCUGAUUUCUCUCACAUAUCAUUAUCAAAUUACAUUAAGUUAACAUAAUAGUUGGAGUGAGGAACAUUAUGAAUUAUUGCAAAACUAAUUGUUUAUUAAAUUUACCAGUCUACUCCAAUU